AUGGAAAUCCGCAUCGAAAGAUUUUUCCAACAAGAGCUCGGAAAAAUUUCCAUUUUGAGAGCCGCAAAUCGUCGCGCCGUUGCCAUGCCGCUUCUCGAGACCGACGACGGGUUUGACUACUGUAGCAAUGCAAUUCACCUAUUCUUCCCUUAUCUCUAG